CUUGGGGCCUAGAGAAUUCACAGCAUGCGCUUUCCAGCGCGAAGCUGGAAAAGCGUACGCAGCUGCGCCUUCGUCGGCUUCUCCUUUGGAGUCCUCCUGUGGCCACAGGUCCGACUCAUGGCCAGCCAGGGUGGCGGCUACGGUGCUCGGACAAUGCCCACGUGCGGAGUCUAUCUGGUCACUGGUGCUACAGAUGGCAUUGGCCGCUACACUGCGGAGCUCUUGGUCAAGCAGCGCCAUGUGGUGCUUGUUCAUGGCCGCUCUGUGCAGCGUGUGAAGGACACCGUGGCGCGCUUGGAGCGCUUGGGCGGCGAAGCGCAUGGCUUUGUGGCAGAUCUCAGCUUAAUGUCCGACGUGCGGAAGUUGGCGCAAGAGGUCUCUGAGAAGUUCCCCGUGCUCCACGGUCUCCUCAACAAUGCUGGAACCUUUGAUGGCGAUUACACGGGCAAACGUGUGGUCACCUCUGAGGGCAAUGAGUACAGCUUGGCAGUGAACGUGAUGGCGCCCUUCUUGCUGAGCUCCUUGCUGAUGCCCACGCUGAAGUCUUCGGGCUCCGGUCGAUUGAUCGUCACAGCAUCGAUGUCUGCGGGUUAUCAUCAAGGACUCAAGGACUUGCAGCUGGAACAAGGCUACUCAGCUCACCAUGCAUACAGCCUCAGCAAGCUUUGCGAUAUCAUGAUGGUGAAAGAGAUGGACCGUCGCUAUGGUUCCCCACCACAGCUCUGCAUCCACACGUUGGAUCCUGACCCCACGUCGUCCUGGAUUGAUACCAAGAUGUUGAGAGCCGGCUGGUCCAGUGGCGGGCAUCCUGUAAGCCGGGCGACCGCUUCGUUCACCAUGCUCACGGAUGAGAAAUAUGGCAAAAGCAGUGGCAUUUGCUGGGGUGUGGGAGGGGGCGCCUCGGCCGGCGAGUGCGAGAAGCUCUGGGAGGAUCUGGUGCAGCUGACGGGGGCGGAGUGGCCAUAAGGGGAUCUGGAUGUGCCGAGUGCGGAAAACGGAAGGCUUCUGGAAAAGCGCUGGCUAGCUCAAAAAUGGCUGGGGGCUUCUACCUCCUUCUCGAAGGAGUUUUGGAGUGACUUUCACGGUUUCUCACGAUUUUCGGAAGAUGCUAUGGGAGCUGUUUGGUGGGGGGGGUGCCCCCAGUGAUUCACUGGCCAAAGAAAACCAGAAAAGCACAACUCCUACCAGAGGGAUAGUAGCCACGCAUAGGAUCGGACGCCAUGGAUCUUCAUGGACCGAAAAGAAAUCACGACGGACGGGGCGUCCCAG